GGAAUGGGAUGGGAUGGGAUGGGAUGGGAUGGGAUGGGAUGGGGUGGGUUUGUGAAGGGAAUUUUUGGGUGUCGUUAUUGUUUUUUUGUUUUUUGUUUUUUUUUGAUUAUCGUUUUUGUCCUUUCAAAAUACGGAUGUUUGUGUUUUUUUUUAUGUUUUUUUUUUUGCAUUUUUAUUGUUAUAUGGGGUAUCUGUGUUUUUUUUUCGUCAUUUCAAUUCGUAAAUCUGUUGGGAAGUCUUUUUUUCUACUUUUUUUUUUCGUUUGUUUUCUCCCUGAUUUCUCCUGAUUCUGUACGUGCAACGAUAAGAACUGCGGGUGGUGAGGGGAGGUGGGACGGGGUGGACCGUGGGUUGUGGGUUGUGGGUCUGGGUGUGAUAUUCUUUCUGUCUUUUUCCUUUUGUGUUUUUUUGGGAUCUUCGGAAGGUGUAGUCGUUAUUUAAGUAUUCUAUUUUUUUUCUCUUUCUUUCUGCCUCGCCUCCCGCGGUUUAUGUAUGCGUGUGUUUUGUGUUGCUGUUUUGUAUUUUGUGUUUUGUGUUGCUGUUUUGUGUUUUGUGUUUUGUGUUUUGUGUUUUGUGGUUUUCCGAUCUUAUUACUUCUUUCAACUUUCAACUUUCUAAGUUUGUAACUGAGGGGAUGGAGGAUGGAGAUGGGGGGGGUUUGAAAGAUAUACAGUGGUGGAGUAUGAGAAUGCAGAUGCAUACUGAUGCGGAUUAUCAGGUCUCGUUGUGAACGUAGGAAGUAUGUGAAAUGUGAAUGGGAAAUGGGAAAUGGGAAAU